AUGUCUGGAGAACUAAGAUACGACGGAAAGGUCGUCAUUGUUACCGGUGCCGGUGGCGGUCUCGGUAAGGCAUACGCCCUUUUCUACGGCUCUCGAGGAGCCUCUGUUGUUGUCAACGAUCUUGGUGGCGACUUCAAGGGCGACGGUGCCCAGGCUGGCAGUGGCAAGCGAGUUGCCGAUGUUGUCGUCGACGAGAUUGUUUCCAAGGGAGGCAAGGCUGUUGCUAACUACGACUCUGUCGAGAACGGUGACAAGAUUGUCGAGACUGCCGUCAAGGCUUUUGGCUCCGUCCACAUUGUCAUCAACAACGCCGGUAUUCUCCGAGAUAUUUCCUUCAAGAAGAUGACCGACAAGGACUGGGAUCUUGUCUACAAGGUCCACGUUUUCGGUGCCUACAAGGUUACCCGAGCUGCCUGGCCUUACUUCCGAAAGCAGAAGUACGGUCGAGUUAUCUCUACCUCUUCCGCUGCUGGUCUUUACGGAAACUUCGGCCAGACCAACUACUCCGCUGCCAAGCUCGCCCUGGUUGGUUUCGGUGAGACUCUCGCCAAGGAGGGUGCCAAGUACAACAUUACUUCCAACGUCAUCGCUCCUCUUGCUGCUUCCCGAAUGACCGAGACAGUCAUGCCCGAGGAUAUCCUCAAGCUCCUCAAGCCUGAGUACGUUGUUCCUCUGGUCGGCUACCUCACCCACGACUCUGUCACCGAGUCUUAUGGUAUUUACGAGGUCGGUGCUGGUUACAUGGCUAAAAUCCGAUGGGAGCGAGGCAACGGUGCUGUUUUCAAGGGCGACGACACUUUCACCCCGUCUGCUAUUCUGAAGCGAUGGGAUGAGGUCACCUCUUUUGAGAGCCCCACCUACCCUAACGGCCCUGCUGACUUCUUCAAAUACGCUGAGGAGUCUGUUAAGCGACCCGAGAACCCCCAGGGACCCACCGUCUCCUUCAAGGACCAGGUUGUCAUUGUCACUGGAGCCGGUGCUGGCAUUGGCCGAGCUUACUCUCACCUCCUUGCUAAGCUUGGUGCCAAGGUCGUUGUUAACGAUUUCGGUAACCCUCAGAAGGUUGUCGAUGAAAUUAAGGCCCUCGGUGGUAUCGCCGUCGCUGACAAGAACAACGUCAUCCACGGUGAGAAGGUUGUUCAGACCGCUAUCGACGCCUUCGGUGCUGUCCACGCCGUUGUCAACAACGCUGGUAUUCUCCGAGACAAGUCUUUCGCCAACAUGGAUGAUGAGAUGUGGCAGCUGAUCUUUGAUGUCCACCUCAACGGUACUUACUCCGUUACCAAGGCCGCGUGGCCCCACUUCCUUAAGCAGAAGUACGGCCGUGUCAUCAACACCACCUCAACUUCUGGUAUCUACGGUAACUUCGGCCAGGCCAACUACUCUGCCGCCAAGGCUGGUAUCCUCGGUUUCUCCCGAGCUCUUGCUCGAGAGGGUGAGAAGUACAACAUUCUUGUCAACACCAUUGCCCCUAACGCUGGUACUGCCAUGACUGCUUCUGUCUUCACUGAGGAGAUGCUCGAGCUCUUCAAGCCCGAUUUCAUCGCACCCAUCACCGUCCUGCUUGCUUCCGAUCAGGCUCCCGUCACCGGUGAUCUGUUUGAGACUGGUUCUGCUUGGAUCGGACAGACUCGAUGGCAGCGAGCUGGUGGUAAGGCCUUCAACACCAAGAAGGGUGUCACCCCCGAAAUGGUUCGAGACAGCUGGGCUAAGAUCGUCGACUUCGAUGAUGGUAACUCCACCCAUCCCACCACUCCCUCCGAGUCUACUACUCAGAUUCUUGAGAACAUCUUCAACGUGCCUGAUGAGGAGGUUGAGGAGACUGCUCUCGUUGCUGGUCCCGGUGGUCCCGGUAUCCUCAACAAGGAGGGCGAACCUUUCGACUACACUUACACUUACCGAGACCUCAUUCUUUACAACCUUGGUCUCGGUGCCAAGGCUAAUGAGCUCAAGUAUGUCUUCGAGGGUGAUGAUGACUUCCAGACCGUGCCCACUUUCGGUGUUAUCCCUUACAUGGGUGGCCUCAUCACUACCAACUAUGGCGACUUCGUUCCUAACUUCAACCCUAUGAUGCUUCUCCACGGUGAGCAGUACCUUGAAAUCCGACAGUGGCCUAUUCCUACCAAUGCUACAUUGGAGAACAAGGCUAAGGUCAUCGAUGUCGUUGACAAGGGCAAGGCUGCCCUCCUUGUCACUGCUACCACCACCACGAACAAGGAGACUGGUGAGGAGGUUUUCUACAACGAGUCUUCUCUCUUCAUCCGAGGCUCUGGUGGUUUCGGUGGUAAGUCUACCGGUACUGACCGUGGCGCUGCCACUGCUGCCAACAAGCCCCCUGCUCGAGCUCCUGACUUCGUUAAGGAGAUCAAGAUCCAGGAGGACCAGGCUGCCAUUUACCGACUUUCUGGUGAUUACAACCCUCUUCACAUCGACCCUGCUUUUGCUGCUGUUGGUAACUUUGACCGACCUAUUCUCCACGGUCUCUGCUCUUUUGGUGUCUCCGGUAAGGCUCUUUACGAUCAGUUUGGUCCUUUCAAGAACGCUAAGGUCCGAUUUGCUGGUCACGUCUUCCCUGGUGAGACCCUGAAGGUUGAGGGCUGGAAGGAGGGCAACAAGGUCAUUUUCCAGACCAAGGUUGUUGAGCGAGGUACUACCGCCAUCAGCAAUGCCGCCAUUGAGCUCUUCCCCAAGGAUGCUAAGCUCUAA